AUGACGACCAACCGACGAGCCGCAUACCAUGGAUUUGCAAAUUCAAGUUUCUCAGCGCCCCAAAGGAGAAGGCGAGCAGCGCUCUAUGUCAUGAAUGCCGCAUCGACCGGUGCUCCAAUAUCAUCUCAAAACAUAACCCAACUUCCACGCACCAACGGCGCAGCUAUCAAAAGUAUAUCCAGCGACAAACCCAGCAGUGCAAUGGAGCAACUUGAUAUUGAACGUGGUGUCUGUAUUCCGUUCCGAAAGUACAGUCCAGAAAUGGUCAGGAAAAGAGUCUUGGAUUCAAGAGGUUCCAUACUGUCCCUUGCGAGUCGGGGAGUGGAGAUAGUUUGGAAACUUGGAUUUUACUGGUCAUCUCUUGUGUAUGACUUUUUGGUUGGACGGGAUGAAGAAAUUGUUCCAUAUCGUGCCCGGCAGCUCCGUAAUCUUUUAUGUGAUCUGGGCCCAUCUUUCAUAAAAGCUGGACAGGUUCUAGCCAACAGGCCUGAUAUUAUUCGAGAGGAUUAUAUGAAUGAACUUUGCAUCUUGCAAGAUGAUGUCCCUCCAGUCCCUAACCAGGUGGCUUUUACCAUAAUUGAGGAGGAACUUGGCCAACCUCUAGAGAGAUUGUUCAGCAAAAUUUCAUCAGAGACAAUAGCAGCUGCUAGUUUGGGCCAAGUUUACCGUGCCACACUUAGAGAAACUGGCGAGGAUGUCGCUAUUAAGGUUCAGAGACCAGGAAUUGAACCAAUAAUAUACCGAGAUCUUUUCCUGUUCCGCACUUUGGCUUCAUUUUUGAAUGGGAUUAGUCUUCAGAAACUAGGGUGUAAUGCGGAGCUUAUUGUUGAUGAAUUUGGUGAGAAACUUUUGGAAGAACUUGAUUACACUCUUGAAGCUACAAAUAUCGAGGACUUCCUAGAAAAUUUUAAGGAUGAUCCGACUGUCAAGAUACCUCGAGUGUAUAAGCAGCUUUCAGGUUCCCGUGUUCUGGUGAUGGAGUGGAUAGAUGGAAUUAGAUGUACGGAUCCACAGGCUAUAAAAGAAGCUGGAAUUGAUGUGGAAGGUUUUCUCACAGUUGGAGUGAGUGCUGCUUUGCGUCAGUUACUUGAAUUUGGUCUUUUCCAUGGAGAUCCACAUCCUGGAAAUAUUUUUGCAAUGCGUGAUGGUCGUAUUGCUUAUGUCGACUUUGGAAAUGUGGCCGUUCUUAGCCAGCAAAACAAACAAAUUCUAAUUGAUGCUGUUGUUCAUGCUGUUAACGAAGACUAUGCUGAAAUGGCAAAUGACUUCACUAGGCUGGGUUUCCUUGCUAGUGGAACAGAUGUAGCCCCAAUUAUUCCAGCUCUGGAAUCCAUUUGGCAAAACUCAGCUGGAAAAGGCUUGGCGGACUUCAAUUUCCGGAGUGUGACUGGGAAGUUCAAUCAGCUUGUGUACAACUAUCCAAUCCGCAUCCCAGAAAGGUUUUCUUUGGUUAUUCGUUCAUUGUUGACGCAAGAAGGAAUCUGCUUUACACUAAAGCGUGAUUUUAAGUUUCUUGAGGUUGCCUAUCCAUAUAUAGCAAAGCGUCUGUUGACAGAUCCAAACCCUGCUCUCCGUGAACGCCUGAUUCAGGUGCUAUUCAAAGAUGGGGCAUUCCAGUGGAAACGACUAGAAAACCUUAUAGUUCUUGCCAAGGAGAAUGUGUCCAAGAUGAGCAGCAACCCCGCACUGAAAAAGAAUAGCUCGCAAGCUGUAAGAAAUCGACAAUUGGAGAGCAAACUUGAUCUCACUGAAACAAUAAAAGAUGGAGCACGGAUGUUCCUUAUCGAUGCUGGUAUCAGGAGACAACUUAUACUGGCCUUCACUGAAGACUCCAAAUUGCACGUAGAAGAGCUUGUGGAUGUAUACAGACUGGUCGAAGAUCAAAUAGAUAUGCCUUCAGUUGCCCUUGAGGUUCUUCAAGAUUUACCAUCUGUUGCACGUGAUUUCAUGCUUUCCUGGUGUGAUUCCAUCCUGUCAGAUCGCCAGUACUAA